CAGCCAGCACUGACCGGUAAACGGAAUAGCGAGUGGCCGUACUGGUAUAGGGCCUGCACUGGUCACUGUUUUGCAUUGUUAUUAUAGUAACUUGUUAGUGUAUAACAAUUAAAACAUGAGUGUAUAUACGGAAACCCAUGUGAUGGUAGCUAUAAUAAUUAUUAAUUAUAUAAAGAGGAUGAAUGUUCUGAUGAUCAAAGAGUUAUUCAAGUGUAUCUAGCCUGUAUACAUGCAUGUAAUUAUUAUAGUAGCAAUCAAACAUUUUUUUUGCGCUUGCUCUCAGCACCCUCCUACUAGCUGCAUUUCCUAGAAACACCACUGUGCUCAGAGAGGUAUAAUUAUGGUAUACUGUGUGCAUGUGUGUGUAUAGACUGCUACAGCUGCUCAGGGAUCAAUGAAGUGCUAACAAGAGUUUCUAUAAUAAUAUAUAGGCAUCUAUAGUAUCGUUUUUUUGGAUUGUAAUUUGCAGAUUUGCAGUUAUAGCUAUAAUUAUAGGUUUAUUUACUUGGAAUGCCAUCGAAGCCUUUCAGAAGAGUGAGUAGCAAAACUCGUCCAUGGAGUGUUGCUACUCUACUUAGUAGAUAAUUUUAUAUAGCUCUGCACUAUAAUUAUAGUGCUAGCUGGCUUUAUUGCAUGUAACUAUACUACCUAGCUUUUUGUAUUAAUUGUACCUGUUGUUUUGAUGUAUCAAAUGUGUUCUCCCAUAUGUGACAGGGCCUAGGAAAACGACCCUUAUCGCGCAAACUAAUAAAAACAUUUAUGACACAAAAUAUAAACUUGCUGAUUUUUCCCACCUUCUGAUUUUCUUUCAUAAUAUGCAACUUGAAAGCCUCCUCUACACUUGUGCGAAGUUUUUAGGCCUAAAAACGCUAAGCAAUGGCCAAGCGAGCAGUCUAAAGACAGCCACUAAAACGUUGCACGAUCACGAAAUUAAAUUCACGUAACACGGAGAAAUAUCCGAUAAGUAUUCCGUUGUCAAGGGGAAUUCCCCGCGGCUAAAAUUCAAGGUUUGUGCGAGCUGCAUGCAAGACUUGCAGGUGCAUCUUCUUCUAGCGCUUGGCAACUCUUUAAAAAGAUGUCUAGCUCCAAGAAAGCUGCACAGGCCAUUAAUGAAAUGGUACAGUUUGGGCAGAGUGACCAAUCAGAACUACUCAAGGUCAUAGAGGACUAUUUUGAUGACUGGGACUGCACGUCACCGUCUGAAGAUGAAGAUGAACCAUCUCAUGAUCAUGAUGAGAGUCUCAACUUCACAGAUGACUAUGGGUUGGACAUGGACGGGUUGGAUGAGAUGGAGGAAGGUGGCUACGGACCCUCAUCAGGCAGUCCUCAUGACAGAGGUGCCAGUGGUAGUCAGCAACAAGGUGAUCUUGAUGGCAGUGGCGUUAGUGAUGAGGAUGAGAACGAUGAUCAACCACUAACGUCACAGCAGCAGUUAGAUGAUGCCCUUUCCAGACUACCCCGGAAUCUGCCUCCCACCACACCGAGGGCACUCACUCCAGAGGAGCUGGAGAAGCAGGAGAAGGAGACUGUGGAAAAAUUUGUUCAAGGUGGAUGUGGGUGCCACAAAAACAAGGGAACUGACUGCUCAAAACACUACACCAUCGAGUACCUGCUAGCGAUGCGAUGUAGUUGUUUUGAGUUAACCAAGCAUGACUUGGACAUGGUGUUGUUGGGGCAACUCAUGGCUUCAAUGAAUAUGUCGGAACAGGUGGUAACGGAAUCGAGGCACCCAGGGACUCCCAGGAAACGGGUGAGGAUUGCCUACCAUCAUCAAGGACACCCUGUGUGCGCUCGUAUGUAUCGGUUCCUCAACGUUGUUGGUGAGUUAAAGACUAGCAAAGGAGAACAUAAUUAUAAAACACCAUCAUUGCAAAACACUUACCCAACAGGUGAGAGUAGACUGGACAAUCUGAUCUCAAACCUGAAGGAUAAUGGGCUUGUGCCAAGGGUGCAUGGGAACACGCACCGCCUUCCGAAGAACACCUUAUCUCAUGAAGAUAUUAAGAACAUCCUUCAAUUCCUCCUGAACUAUUCGGAGGCAAACGGAGUUCUUUUGCCCGGGCGAGUACCUGGGUACAGUAGCUCUGAUAUCAAGCUGCUGCCAUCCAGCACAUCUAAGCGGUGUAUAUGGAAGCUGUACAUUGAAGCAAUGGGUAAGGAGGAAAGUCGGGCAGCCGCUUACAGGACUUUUUGUCGACUAUGGCAGCAAUUACUACCAUACCUUGUUCUGAUGAAGCCAAUGACUGACCUGUGCUGGGUGUGCCAAAAAAACAGCACAGCUGUAUUGCGAGCAGUCAACGAUCCCGAGAGUAUCAAAUCCUCCACGCUCAAGGCCUUCGAGGAUCACUUGACACUGGUGCAGCUCGAGCGAUCGUACUAUCGGACGACUUUGGAUCAGUGCAAAGAGUCGAUAAGGGAGCACUUCACUACAGCAGCUGUGGAGUUUCAGCCACCCCCUCUCUUCUCAACUCCCCCUGCUAACUCAGUGCCAAUCAAGGCCCACUACAGCUUUGACUAUGCACAACAGGUGCACUUCCCAAGUAACCCUCUCCAACCAGGUCCCAUCUACUUCUUGACCCCUAGGAAGUGUGCUGUAUUUGGAAUUGCAUGUGAGGCCAUUCCCAGACAGAUCAACUUUCUGUGUGAUGAAGCUGGUGAUUGUGGGAAAGGGGCCAACACGGUUAUCAGCCAGCUUCACUACUUCUUCGAGCACCACAGCCUGGGAGAGAAAGAAGUGUAUCUCCAUGCUGAUAACUGUACUGGGCAAAACAAGAACAACGCCAUGAUACAGUACCUUGCCUGGAGAGUCCUGACGAAGAGACACACCAAGAUCACCUUGUCCUUCUUGGUUGUUGGGCACACCAAGUUCACUCCAGACUGGUGCUUCGGCUUGUUUAAGCGCCUGUACCGUCGCACCUCCAUCGGUAGCCUCAAGGACAUGAGCCAAGUUGUGGAGCGCUCUGCAGUGUGCAAUGAAGUGCAAUUGGUGGUAGGUGAUGACGGAGAAGUCAUCGUCCCGACCUACGACUGGACAGACUUCUUCGCCACCAGUUUCAAGAAACUACCAUCGCUGAAGAAGUACCACCACCUCAGGAUGACGUCUUCUAUGCCUGGGAAGGUGUAUGUUAAGGAGAGAUCAGAUGGCCAGGAGAAUGAGCACACUCUUCUCAAACCUGGUGUCAUCUUUGACGAGAACGAGCUACCAUCAGAGAUACACCCAGCGGGUCUGUCCCUGCAGAGACAAUGGUAUCUGUACGACAAAAUUCGGGAGUUUUGUCCAGAACAGGAUAGAGACGUCACAUGUCCUCUUCCAUCUCAUCCUCGACCGUUCAGCAGACAGAACACCCCCCAACGUGAAAUCAGUCCCACUCCCACUCCACCAUCGUCCCCGUUGUCACCUGCUCCACCUCCACCUAAGAGGCAGCGUGUAUGCGGAAUUUGCAGGACAGUGGGACAUGACAAGAGGAACUGUCCCUCGAAUUGAGCUCUCACAACCCUUUAAACCUUUUUUUUUUAGUUCUUCUAAGAACUGCCAACAAACAAAAGAAUUUGCUGUGUACAACAGAAGGGGUGCGUACAUUUAAUAGCCUCACCUACAACAUUAUCGAAGGGGUGCGUAAAAUUAAAUACACACAGUCUUAUACUACUUCAUGAUGAGGCAUCAAGCAACUUACCCUUACAUGAUGAGCACACCUUCAUGAUGGGCACAGGAUCAGAGUGUUCUAAAUUCAUACAAGAUAAUUUUUAUAAAAUUUAAUAAAAAACUUUGUAUAAGCAUCUCUAGCUCUACAGCUUAAAUAUUCACACAAAAGUUCUCUCUUUUUGCUUACCCAUAAUUAUUGUCUUGUGA